AUGGGACAGCAGCAAUCAGCAAAUGUACAGUCAGAGGAGAUUGAUGAGGCUGCUGUAUUGGUGGCACAAGUAGAAGACUUCAAGACAUCUAAGACACUAAGAACCACAGUGAAUGAUAGAGAAAUUGUGGUAUUUCAUCACUUGGGGAAAUACCACGCCUUAGAUCUCCGCUGUUAUCAUUCAGGAGGGCCAUUACACCUUGGAGAGAUUGAGGAUUUGGAUGGACGGGCGUGUGUAAUUUGUCCUUGGCACAAAUUUAAAAUUGUUUUGGAAAGCGGUGAAGGCCUGUAUCAAGGAGUUGACCCCCGCGAGACUAAAAGAACCAAAAAAUGGUUCUCUAAAGGAGUGAAGCAGCGGACUCACAAAGUGACUGUCAGAAAUGGUGGCGUCUAUGUUACUCUAUCAGACACUAGCACCAUGUGGUGUGACUCUGAUACCUAUGCAAAUGAGAAGUUUAAUGACCAGCCUUGUCCAGAUCCAGUAACAUAA